AUGGGUAAGAACGGCAUCUUCGGCCAGCUCAGGGGCAUCGAUGCCUUCUCAAAGACCAUGGACGAUGUGCGCAUCCGCACCAACGCCGGCGCGCUCAUCACCCUCAUCUCGGCGCUCCUCAUCGUCGUGCUCACCAUCGGCGAAUUUGUCGACUACCGUACCGUUCAUCUCAAACCCUCCCUCGAGGUCGACCGCUCGAGAGGCGAGAAGCUCACCGUCAACAUGAACAUCACCUUCCCUCGCGUGCCGUGCUACCUCCUCUCGCUCGACGUGAUGGACAUCUCGGGCGAGCACGUCAACGACAUCCAGCACGACAUUGAGCGCACCCGCAUCUCCCACGACGGCAAGGUGGUCACCGCGGGAAAGAAGACGCUCAAGGGUGAGGCGGCGCGCAUCGCCAACACCAAGGCCGAGGACUUUUGUGGAGACUGCUAUGGCGGCCAACCGCCGGCGAGCGGAUGCUGCAACACGUGCGACGAGGUGAGGGAGGCAUACGUGCGCAAAGGGUGGAGCUUCACCGAUCCAGACCACGUCGACCAGUGCGUCGCUGAGGGUUGGUCCGACAAGAUCAAGGAGCAGAACCAGGAAGGCUGUCGCAUCUCGGGCAAGCUGCACGUCAACAAGGUCGUCGGCAGCUUCCACCUUUCGCCCGGCAAGGCCUUCCAGCGCAACAGCAUGCACGUCCACGACCUCGUCCCCUACCUCUCCGGCACCGGCGUAGAGCACCACGACUUUGGUCACAUCAUCCACGAGUUCAGCUUCGGCUCCGAGCAGGAGUUUCACGGCCUCACAACCAUCAAGGAGCGCGCGGUCAAGGCCAAGCUCGGCGUCAAGGACCCUCUCGAGGGACUCCGGGCGCAAACCAAGGAGAGCCAGUUCAUGUUCCAAUACUUUGUCAAAGUCGUCUCGACCGAAUUCCGACCCUUGAGCGGCGAGCCGCAAAAGACGCAGCAGUACUCGGUGACGACCUACGAGCGCGACCUCUCGCCCGGCGCCAACGCCGCAGAGAUGGCAGGCCUUGCCACCGAGGGAUCCGGCGCCCACGUCUCGCACGGCUUCGCAGGUGUGCCAGGCGUCUUCUUCAACUAUGAGAUCUCGCCCCUCAAGACGAUUCAUUCCGAGUACAGGCAGUCGCUGUCCCACUUUCUGACCAGCACCUGCGCUAUCGUGGGAGGCAUCCUGACAGUAGCGGGCAUCUUGGAUAGUCUGGUGUACAACUCCAGAAGGAGGUUGGGCAUGAGGGAUGGCAGCGACGACGGCGCUAGGGAGGGACUCGGUUUCACGAGUAAGACCGGCAAGUUCUUGUAG